AUGUCUGAAUGGAUAGAUACAUCCACUGGAAAUAGAAUCUCCAAAACUGCGGAAAUAUCAGGUCUAGAUAAUAUAACAAUUAAUGGAAAUGUUACUAUUAAUCCAUUAGUCAAAAUAUCUGUCAAUGAUGAUUCAAAAUUAUCUAUUGGUCAAUAUUGUUAUCUUUAUCCUAAUGCUGAAAUCAUUGCCAGCGGUGAGAAAACAUCAAUUGGUGGAUACGUUAUAAUUGGACGAAACUCUGUGGUUAAAUCAAUAAGCAUUGGUAAUAGAGUAAUAAUAGAAGAUAAUUGUGUACUUCAUCCAUUUAGUGUGAUUUAUGACUGUUGUUUGAUCAAAAAAGGUACAAUAAUCCCCGAGAAGAUGGUUAUACCUCCAUAUAGUGAAGUUAGUGGGAUUCCAGGUAAGGAUUUUGUUAUUAAAUCAUUACACAAUAGUUAUAAAAAAUCCAUUGAAUUAGAAGCUAAACAAUUACACAUACUUAAUCCUUCUUAG